UUCAGCGACAACAAGGAGACGAAAGAGAAUGGCCAUGAACUUAGAGGACCGAAACUCACUAUUCAAUUUCGUAGUCGAAGAAGGCUACGGUGUGAAGGGUCUCAUGGACUCAGGCCUCUCCACCGUGCCACAGCCCUACGUCCAACCACCCCACGAGCGAAUCCCCAUAAAAAACGCCCACAUCUGCGAAGCGGCCCGACCCAUCGAUCUCUCACUGCUCGAUGGCCCUGACCACGACCGAGUGGCCCACCAGAUUGCCCGAGCCGCCGAGACAUUAGGGUUCUUUCAGGUGGUAAACCACGGAGUGCCGGUGGAGCUGCUGGAGUCGCUUAAGGCGGCGGCUCAUGAGUUUUUCAAACAGCCGCCAGAGAAAAAGGCGAUGUACCGGAAAGAGGUGAGUCCGAGCCGAUUGGUGAAGUACGGAACGAGCUUUGUGCCCGAGAAGGAGGAGGCCUUGGAGUGGAAGGAUUACGUUAGUAUGGUCUAUACGAACGAUGACGAGGCCCUCCAACAUUGGCCUCAUCCAUGCAGGGACGUGGCACUUGAGUACUUGAAGACGUCCAUGAAAAUGGUGAAAACGAUUGUGGGAGUACUGAUGGGGAGACUAGGUGUAACACUGGACGAAGAGAGAACAGAAGCGUUGGUGGGAAUGACGAUGGUGAACAUGAACUAUUAUCCACCGUGUCCGAAGCCGGAGCUCACGGUCGGCGUCGGACGCCACUCCGACAUGGGGACUUUGACGGUUUUAUUACAAGACGGCAUCGGAGGUUUGUAUGUUAAGCUCGACGAGGGUACGGACAAUGGAGAAUGGGUCGAGAUCCCGCCGGUGCACGGUGCCUUGGUCAUCAACGUCGGCGAUGCUCUGCAGAUUGUGAGCAAUGGAAGGUACAAGAGCGCAGAGCAUAGGGUACGGACGACGGAGACAUCAGCGAGAGUGUCAGUGCCCAUAUUCACAGUUCCUAAGCCUUGGGAGAAGAUCGGUCCUUUCCCAGAAAUCGUGAAGCGAGACGGCGUUGCUCGUUACAAGGAGGUCUUGUUCCAAGAUUACAUGAACAACUUCUUCGGACAAGCCCACGACGGCAAGAAAUCCCUCGAUUUCGCACGUGCUUUCUGAUCCUAUACUUGGAUCUCGCACUCGUUCCUGUAAUAAAUCAUCACUACCAUAAUUUUUUUCUUUUGUCACAUUUCCUGUGACUCUCUUUAAUUACGUGUGGUUCCCUUCCUUUUGUGUUUCACGAUAUGUAACGUUUGAUAGUAAAAGAAUAAUGGGGGAAUAACCCGAAAAUGAAAAACAAGAAAAGAUUGAAAGGAAAGAGUCCAAAUGGAAUGUCAU